GUCCCAUACGCAUGGUUUGAGAAGGACGGUCCUGUUCUAUUUGUUAAUAGAUCCCAUUGGAACUUCCAGUCUCUCUUCCGCGUAACGUCAUCCGAUCGCAAGAGCCAUGGCAUAAGCUUAACUCCACGCCAGUCCCACUGGAUGCCCUACAUGCGGAGCCCGGACUACACAAUGGUGAAAGGCGCUGUUUUAGAUGCUACAGUAUUAGCAUGGAUCGGACGAAGCUCUGAAUAUUUCCAGUUCCGAGUGGAGACAAUAAAUUGGAUCCAGGAACAAUUAAAAGACUCUACGAGAGCCGUCAGUAAUGCAACGCUUGGAGCUAUCAUGACUUUCACUCAGUGGACGGCUGGUUACAACAAUCCUAAAGAAAUAAGCAGUCAUAUGAAUGCUAUCGAAAAGAUCGUAGACCUGCGAGGGGGAUUCCGGUCCUUUCAAACAGAUGGACCAAUGAUAGCGAAGCUUACCCUUUUCGACUCGAUGGUCGCUGUCCUAACAGGGGAACCUCUUCGCUUCCCUAUGGUAGAAUAUUUUGUGUCUCGGCCAAUAAGUCCAUCAACAAACUAUCGCCUUCUCAUCUAUGAAUCGCCCCUUUCUGCUACUGGAAGCUUUGAUGGUAUUGAGUACCACAAAAAGCAACGCGCCAUAACGGCGUGUUUGAAAUCAAUGUGGAAUCUCACACGAAGUUUUGAGUCUCGGCAUGAAGCCCAAUUUCACGUAGAUCACACUUCUGAGCCACCUGUUCCUUUUGUCGAAGAGCGGAGACACAGCUUCAAAACACCACUUCUCACGCUUCCAAUUCUCUCAUCCUGCCACAAUAUCUCCCACGACCACGUCUUAGAAACCUUGCAAGGUGCUGCAUCUAUUUACUCACGCAGCCUCACUGGCCUGAACAUCGACUUCUCGUCAUUUCUCAACAAUGAGGGGUUCAGAAAGCUUCAGGGAGCAUUUGGAAAAUGCACCGAAGAUGACUUCUGGGUACGAUAUCCUGGAGUCCUGUUGUGGGUUAUCCUGGUAGGCACGGCCGCUGCACGGGGCAAGGAGGAAGCUGCAUUUUGGAUGUUUUACUUGGCUCGAACAGGAAGCUUUUCAAAUGCUGGGAAUUUUCUGAUGGAAGGCAUGACGAUUAGGAGAUUUUUAGAGAUUCAGAGGUUGAUGAGGGAAGAUCGAUCUAGUCUAUAG